CGGCUCUCGUUGAUCUGAAAUACCCAACUCCAUUCUCUCUGUUUAGAUCAUAACCAAAAAGCAGAUAAAACUACAGAUGAGAAAACAUGGCAAUAUCGAAUUGCUUACAAAACAAAUAUUUUCACGAAAACCAUGGUCGUAAUAUUAAUAUAACUGGUGAUACUGCAACAUGGUCAGACCAAACAGGACACCUAUUUGGUUCCAAGGCACCGAUCAUACCGACAGAUACACUUAACUUUACCUUUGAGGGAACUGGCCAUUCAUUUGUUGGUGUCGGCUACUUGAAAGAUGAACAAGUUAGCUGGGUUAUGAAAUUUAGUAUCCAGGUUAACUAUGAAUUUGGAGAAGGUUUUCUGCAUUUUUUCGAUGAUUUUAAAAUUGUAAUGGGAGUUAAAGAUGAAAUUCGAGAAUGGAUAGAAUUACCCGAUGGCGAAUUAACUGACCUCUUUGUCUUCAUUGAUAUUAGAUUUGGAAGUAUAAAAUUUCAAACUGGUGAGUUUAGUCGUAAUAACAAAUUUCUUGUUUUGGGCAAAAAUGGAACCAUGGACAACAAUAAGUUUGGUCUAAAAACUCCCAAACCAGGCACCUUUUGUGUGUGUAAGAAGCCAAUGUCCAUGGAAUAUCGAAUAGAGUUAGGACUUGAACCUGUCACAGCAGCUAGUUAUUGGACAGCAAAUAUUGUACUGUCCAAUUUUCCUCCAGAAAUAGUCCCGAGGUCUUAUUCUGAUAUAUUUAAAAUUGGUUCGUUUGAAAAUGAGCAAGGGACAAUACAGCUGCAGUUUCGACCCAAAGGAAUAAUCAUCUGUAGCUUUAAAACUAACCGAAGAGAAAUACAGAUCCAAAAUAUUCACCUUGGUCGCGAUAUAUACAUGUGGAUUGAGUUAUUCCGAUGCACGAUAAGGAUGGCAUUGUUGAAAAACGAUGAAAGCGAUCCGAUGGGAUAUGUUAGAGUAGUCUUAAUUAGCAACCCAGUGGGCAGUCAAACAGAUAUCAGCUCUAUUACCAGACCCAAGCGCCAGCAGGAUACACAAAUAUGCGACCAACAACUAUUUGUUGUGCCGGCAUCUAGUACUAUGAGCCAACCAAGAACAGUGAGAGUAUUAGAUUCUCCAUUACAACGGGAUAAUAUUUCAUGUCGAUUAACCGUUGAAACUACACCGCAUAAUGCUGACGACGAUACAAUGGUGAAGACGUGCAUCGAAGGAAGCAAUGGCGAUAUUACUGAACUUGCACAAUAUCUUAAUACUCUGUCUUCUAUAAAGACAAUGAUAGAAAAUACCCUGUCUUCUAUAAAGACAAUGAUAGAAAAUAACCGAACACCCAUUUCAUAUUAUCAAAUGUAUCACUCCAUGCAAACACAGAUGUGGAAAAUAUUUCAGGAAAUGGAGAAUAGUAAUGUUUAUAAUCCUUUAGAGUUGCGAAGUGCACAUUUCCAUUUUAUGGACACAUUUUCUUCCAUCCAUGCAGUACUUGACUAGGCCUUAAUUAAAGAUAAAUGGGGCAUACCUUGCGCUCGUCUUUCUCGAUUGGGAUAUUCCGUAUUUUUAUAUUAGCGGGAAAAGGUUGUGUAUAAAGAUUGUCUGCAAUAUCACUUCGGUGGAUCAGGGUGGAAGCGAACGUUAAAUAAAGCUAUUUCACACGCGCGUAUAGAGUCAAUAGUUAAAUUCAAUGACAUUUUUAUCACUUUCAUUCUCAGGAAACAAAAAUUAUCAGGAUUUUUUUUUUCUGUAUUUGAAAAUGAAAUUUCUGUUAAUUGAAGGGAUUUCUGUAAAUUACAGGAAAAACAAAUACGGAUAAAAUAUUCCUGGUAAUUUUUGUUUCCUGAUUUUUUUACGUUUUUUCACGGAUUUAUUUGUUACAGUGUAUGGGGAAUUGUAUCUCCGUAAGUUAUAUUGAGGUAAAACCGAAAUUAUUUCUAACGAGUUACAUUUCUUGAAUAUCGAUAAUGCUCCUCCUUCAAACAUGCCGAACAAUCCCAGCAAGUUUGUAUAGAAAAUCUAAAAAAAAUGCUGACCUGUUGAAACUUUACAAGAAUUUUUGCAUAAGGCUUAACGUCCGCUUCCACCUUGGCUGAUAUCGCCAGAAGAGCCAGAUAGUAGGGUAAGUCAAGCAUGAGUACGUUCGUUUGAUCGUUCCUGGAGUUUUACGCCCACUUCCACCAAGGGUGAUUUCGUAGACAAGGGCAUGGGUAGGAGACGACUGGCCUUUAUAAGUUCACAUGUGACGUCUAGAAUUUAAUUUGCAAAAUGAAAAAAAUAAAUAAAUAAUAUUGUGAGCUAAUUAACCCACACCGAUAUUUGAUAUUUGAAUAUGUAAAAAUGAUGUUCUAGUAUAUGUUAGAUCUCAAAGUUAAACAAUUAGGCAAAAUAGGAGUUAGAAUUUCUCGUUUUAGAAUGUUAGUAAUAGCGUUAUAUAACGCAUCGCUGUAUAUAGAGCCGGCUACUUAAUGCCAACAUUUUCAAGGCCUAAUCCCUUAAUAACAUUGACCAUAUGGGGUGUUCCCACUUAGCCGACAGGCUUUGAUGUCAAAUUUUGCCGCUAAUCCAGAGUUAAUCCUAGAACAAUGGUGUUAUAAACUAUAGUCCAUAUCUUUUUUAAGACUAAAACUGUAUUGAUUUUAACAAAUUUAACUUUUAUUAAAUAACAUUAGAUAGCUUACACAUAUAAAAAUAUAUUGAUUUUAACAAAUUUAAUAUUUAUUAAAUAACAUUAGAUAGCUUACACAUAUAAAAAUAUAUUGAUUUUAACAAAUUUAAUAUUUAUUAAAUAACAUUAAAUGAUUUACACAUAUAAGAACAUCAUUCUUGGUGUUUACAGUAGCUGGACAAGUUUUUGUUGAACAUUUCCAAUGGACGGCAUUUGGUCUGCUUGACUUUUAUACUGAACUUAUAACCAUUGUGUAUUAAAUAUCAGCCACCUCGAUUAUUGGAGAUAAAGCGAAUAUUAACCUGAACGUUUGCCAUUUUAAAAUAAAUAUAAUUUCGACACAGAUCGACCAUCUAUUUAUAUUAAUAUAGUGAAUUGAAUUCAUGUUUGAAAUCAUAACGCCGGCAUGAACUGUGUUCAAAAUGUCAUUAAUUAGUUGGUUCAUAAAUUUUAUUAAGAGGGAUUAAGAGCUCAUUAACGCUGAACACUAGUGAACAGUUCUUGAGUGACUACUUUUAAACAGACUAUAGUUUUAAGAUCAAUCAAAGGAUUAACAGUCUGCCGGCUAAGUGGGAACACACCGACCAUAUGUUACCUUAAUUGCUCCGAAAUCUUAAAAGGGUUACGUGUCCGGAUAAGCGGUUUUGACGUUCACGUGCAAAAGACUCAAUAUUUUGAGCUGAAAUUUUGAGACAAGGUAAAUACACCAUUCAUCUAUAUUUUGGGGCUUAAAUUUCAUACAUACACGGUCUUUUAUUUCUGAGACUCUGUUAAAAUCGGAAUGGUCCGUUUAAAUAUAAUGCACGCUUUACCCAAAUCCUUCAAUCUAAUCGUAUUGAUUUUAAUGAAAUUUCUCUGUUUGAAAGUUACUAGUUACAUAUCGUGUCCAUCGAUUUAACUGAAACUAAAACCAACAAAACGGAAAAAGAUGCAUGCUUGAAAGAAAAUGUUCAAAUAAAGACUUUCACUGAGAUAAAAAUUUAGUAUUUGUGGUAUUUGGGUGUUAAUAAACCGUGUCCGAGCUGGUAUAUAGAUUGUUUAACCCAAAGUGUUAACAAUAGGAAAUCUGAGUCUACUAUGUUAAUAGGAUAUUAAAUCAAAUUUUAUUGGUUUUAA